UUUUAGCCUCCAUCUUGAAUAUUCCGGAGGGAGCGGAAAAGGGAACGCCAUGGCGGGCGCUUCGGUCAAAGUCGCCGUCCGCGUCCGUCCCUUUGACGCCCGGGAAAACAGCCGCCAAGCCAAAUGCGUGAUCCGGAUGGAAGGAAACACCACUUGCAUCACCAAUCCCAAACUUCCCAAGGACGGCGCUAAGAAUUUCACUUUCGAUUAUUCCUAUUGGUCCCACACUUCCGAAGAGGACCCCAAAUUCGCUUCGCAACGCCGCGUUUACGAGGAUAUCGGCGAGGAAAUGUUAUCCCGGGCUUUCGAGGGAUAUAACGUCUGCGUUCUCGCUUACGGCCAAAGCGGAGCCGGAAAAUCCUACACUAUGAUGGGAAAAGAGGGAAAAGGGCAGCAAGGACUCAUCCCGCAGCUUUGUGAGGAUCUCUUUGCCCGCGUGAGCCGGGAGGAAUCGCCGGAUCUGAGCUUCUCCGUGGAGUUGAGUUUUAUGGAGAUUUACUGCGAACGCGUUCGGGAUUUGUUGAAUCCGGAGGCGCCCGAAGGGCUCCGCGUCCGCGAACAUCCUCUCCUCGGCCCUUACGUUCCGGGACUAUCGCGACUCGCCGUCGCCUCCUGUCGCGAUAUCGCCGAUCUACUACACGUCGGCAACAAAGCCAGGAGGGUGGCGGCGACGGCGCUGAACGCCUCCAGCAGCCGCUCGCACGCAGUCCUCACCGUCGUCCUCGGGCAGCGGCGCCGCCAUCGCCUCCGCGGGAACGGCGCCGAAAAGGUGAGCCGUAUCAGUUUGGUGGAUUUGGCGGGAAGCGAACGCGCCGACACCUCCGGAACGCGGGGACAGCGCCUCAAGGAAGGCGCCAACAUCAAUAAAUCGUUGACCACGUUGGGCAAAGUCAUCGCCGCUUUGGCCGAAGCGAACAAUAAGAAGAAGAAAGCGGAGUUUAUUCCGUACCGGGAUUCGGUGCUGACGUGGCUGCUGAAGGAGAACUUGGGCGGCAAUUCCCGUACGGCGAUGAUCGCGGCGCUCAGCCCGGCGGACAUCAACUACGACGAAACUCUGAGCACCCUCCGCUACGCCGACCGCACCAAACGGAUCCGGUGCCACGCGGUGGUGAACGAGGAUCCCACGGCGCGGCUCAUCCGGCGCCUGCGGCGCGAGGUGACGCGGCUGCGCGAGCUGCUCCAGGCGAGGGGGGGGACCCCCGCCCCCCCCUCACCGGAUCCGCCCCCUCUCAGCGCUGCGGAGGCUCUGGAGCGGCUGAAGGAGAACGAGCGGCUGAUGGCGGAGCUCAAUGAGUCGUGGGAGGAGAAACUGCGCCGCACGGAGGCUCUGAGGGCGCAGCGGGAAGCGCUUUUGGCCGACGUUGGGGUCGCUGUGCGCGAGGACGGCGCCGCCGUUGGGGUUUUCUCCCCUAAAAAGACCCCCUAUUUGGUGAACCUGAACGCGGAUCCUCUGAUGGCCGAAUGUCUGCUGUACCGCAUCGGGGAGGGCGUCACCAGGGUGGGGGGUGAGGGCGCCCAUAUCCGCCUGUCGGGGCCGCAGAUCCGAGCGCUCCACUGCGUUCUCCGCAGCCGCCUCCGACCCUCGGGAGACGGGCUCCACCUGCGUCGGUCGCUGCUCUUCGUCAGUUGGGACGGGGGAGAAUUUGGGCACUUGGGGGCGACAGAGUGGCUCGAGGCCUUCCCCAACCUCCUCCCCACCAAAGUCGUGGCGUACCUCAGUCUGGAUCAGGCGGUGCUCGGUGACGAUCGCUUCGUAGCCAAAAGCAGUCCCGUACUGCUCCGUCUGCUGGAGGGGACCCUCAGCCAGGUCGAGAGCCCCAACGAGGGCGGGAAAACCCUUCUGGAGGUGGUGACGAGCGGGGGGAGGGGCUGGGAGAGCGUGGCUCGCCCGCUGCCCCCCGACAGCGCCGCCUUCGCCUUCACGGCGGCCGCCGGCGUCCCCGCCAUCGAGAUCGGCUUCGACGAGGCGGGCGGGGGUUCCCGCUGGGCCCUGGGGACGCGGGAGGACACGGUGUGGCGGCUGCGGGGCCGCCUGCGGGGCCGAUGGCCGCCGGUGGCGCGGGCGGUGGCUGCGGUGGCCGCGCGGCUGCUGCUGCGCCUCUCGCACGACGCCCGUCUGCCCCUCGAACCCCGCGACCUCGGGGACGCCCUGCUGAGACGCCUCACCGCCCCCCCCGUGCAGCGCGGCAGGUCCCAGUUUGCCCAGUUUGCCCAGUCCGGGCGGGCUCUGCGCUGUUUGGCGUCGGCGAGAGGGGAGGUGGUGUUUGCGGCCGAACGACUGCGCCGCGAACUCGAGGGGUCGGACGCGCGGGACGAGAGCCUCAACCGCCACCUCAACGCCCGCGUCAUGGCCGCGGAGGCGUCCCUGCUGUCCCCGUUCGUGUCCCCGCUGGUGUCCCCCCUGCGCCACGUGCUUUUGGGACGGGGACGUCACACUCUGGCGGCGUUGGGGGACGCGUGGGGACACGGAGGGGACGACGACCAUCGCCUGCGCCUCGAGCUGUUGGCGCGGACCCUGCGCGGCGCCGCCGUCGCCCUCGGAGGGGACUGGGACAGCUACACAGGAAUAAAGGCCCCGCCCACGGCGGCCAUUUUGGCAUGA